CCCCAUACCCCGAGGAAGUGCAAGGUGGAGUGUUGCUGUUCUUCCACUUCCCUGGUGUGCAGGAGCUUUGCUGUCGAAGUCACAGGAUGGCAGCUGCUGUCCUGCCCCCUUCUUGUGCUCAGUCCUCCCUGUACCCAGCCUCGCCUCAGAAAGGACACAUAGGGGAGGAAAGGCUGGUCAGUGAGUUCCUGACAUUCUGGUUGCAGGACCUGGUGACCUUUGAGGACGUGGCCGUGGACUUCACCCAGGAGGAGUGGGCACUGCUGGACACGUCCCAACGAUCCCUGUACAGGGAGGUGAUGCUGGAGAACUGCAGGAACCUGGCCUCACUUGGUUGUCAUGUUGGAAAACCCAGUCUGAUGUCGCAGCUGGAGCAAGAAGACACAGUGAUGACGGAGGAAAGAAGAAAUCUCCCGAGGACCUGUCCAGAUUUGGAGACUGUACUUAAAGCCAAAUGGCUAACUCCAAAGAAAGAUGCUUUUAGAAGAGAACAAGUGAAAGGUGUAAAAACGGAGAGAAGUCGUCGAGUGAAAAUCAAUGAAUGUAACCAGUGUUUUAAGGUAUUCAGCACAAAGUCUAACCUUACUCAACACAAGAGAAUUCAUACUGGAGAAAAGCCCUAUGACUGUAAUCAGUGUGGGAAGUCCUUCAGCAGUAGAUCUUACCUUACUAUUCACAGGAGAAUCCAUAAUGGGGAGAAACCCUAUGAAUGCAAUCACUGUGGCAAAGCUUUUAGUGAUCCCUCAUCCCUCAGACUGCACGUGAGAAUUCACACCGGAGAAAAACCCUAUGAAUGUAACCAGUGUUUUCACGUCUUCCGCACUAGCUGUAACCUCAAGAGCCACAAGAGAAUCCAUACAGGUGAAAAUCACCAUGAAUGCAGUCAGUGUGGAAAGGCCUUUAGCACAAGGUCAUCUCUAACUGGACACAAUAGCAUUCAUACAGGAGAAAAACCUUAUGAGUGCCACGAUUGUGGGAAAGCCUUCAGGAAGAGCUCCUAUCUAACACAGCACUUGAGAACUCACACAGGUGAAAAACCCUAUGAGUGCAAUGAGUGUGGCAAGUCCUUUAGCAGUAGCUUUUCUCUAACAGUGCAUAAGAGAAUACAUACUGGUGAGAAACCCUAUGAAUGUAGCGACUGUGGCAAAGCCUUUAAUAAUCUCUCUGCUGUUAAAAAGCACUUAAGAACUCACACUGGAGAAAAACCCUAUGAAUGUAACCAUUGUGGAAAAUCUUUUACUAGUAACUCUUACCUUUCUGUGCACAAGAGAGUGCAUAACAGGUGGAUUUGAAUUGGGAUGAGAAAUUACUAUGAGAAUGUCUGGGAAAGCCCUUGUUGACCUCUCAACAUGAGAGAACUCACAACAGAUAUACAGGUUAUCUGUUGCUGCAUAAAAAGUCAUCCCCCAAAACAUUGUGGCUCUAAACAAUUCAUCAUUAUGUCGCAAUUUCUGUAGGCCAGGAAUUCAGGAACAGCUUAGCUCUGUAGUUCUGGCUCAGGAUCUCUCAUGAGAUUUCAGUGUAGAUGUCAGAUAGAGCUGCAAUCAGCUGAAGUCUUUACUGAUGAAGGGUCUACUUCUAUGUGGCUCCCUUCCACGCCUGGAAAAUUAGUGCUGGUUGUUACUGGAGACCUUCAGUUCCUCACCAUGCAGGCUUCUCUACAGAGUGAGGUAUUUUUACAGUAUGACAGCAAGUUUUCCCCAAAGAAAGUGAUUUAAGGGAGAGCCAAUGAAGAAGCCACUGUUUUGUAUGACCUAUCAUCAGAAGGAUGUAUUUUCACCUUUUCUAUAUUCUACUGGUUACACAGAGACCAGUCCUGAUACAGUGUACCAGAAGACUACAGAAAGUGUGAGAACUAGGAGACAGAUCACUGGGAAGCAGCUAGGAAACUUGCCAUGAAAUUAAUGAAGAAAAGCUUUCAGCACACCCUUAUCCUUCCUAUCAGUGUGAAAUGGUAUUUAGUAACUCUCCUGUUAAUUUACUUCAGAGAGAAGCCUACUGAGUACAAUCUAUGUGAUAAAACUUCAAGCUCAAAUUCAUAUUAAUAUGUCCAACAAAACCUGAAGAAUGAAAGGAAAGCCUUCAACUGUAGCUGCUAGGAGUUACGUGACAGCUCCCAUUGGGAAAAACACUAUGAAGAUCAUCAGAAUGCAAAAGCCUCCAGUGAUUGUUCAUCCUUUCAGAGGCGUGUGAAAUAUAUGGAAAACUCUAUGGCACAAGUGUUCGUGUUACUGAAUACACGAUGUGGAGUAUUCUGUCUGCAGUGACUAUAGGAAAGUCUUGAACAUUCUUUACUUUUUAAAAGAGGAGAAUUUAUUAUGGAGAAAAUUGUUGGAUGUCAUUGGUAUUGGAAGACUUUCCGUUUUCCCACAUUCAGUAGAAGACUUGUGAAUACAAAGAAAGGAGGAAUUCUUUCUAGGAUGAAACUUAGGAAAAACAUGAAAAUUCUCCCUGGAUAUAAAACCUAUGAGUAUUAAUUUUGAAAAAUUAUCAGUGAUUCUUCUCCUGAACACUUAUAUGGUAGAACAGCCUAGGAAUGUAAUCCAUGCUAGAAUGCCUCAGCCCUUCACUAAGGGACUACAAGAUAACUAAUUCUGGGAAUAAACGUGUGAGUGAGUCUGGAGUUGGCAUUACCAUCAUCUAAAGUAGGUUUGACCACUAAAUCAUUAAUUUUAGUCUGGUUCAUACAAACAUAUAUAUCUGCUCCUCAAACCCUAAAUUACCUUCCAAAGUUUGCAGUCUUUAUUAUCAUUUACUCUUUAAAACCAUAAAUACAUUGCAUAUUCAGAAAGGUAUGAAAUUUCUAAAUAGCUCCUGAAUGCUUUUACUUAUAUGAAAUUAGAUAAUACCUCUGAUACUCUUUUUUCCUGUUAGUGAUAUUUUUGUCAGAAUGUGUGGACUUCAUUGUAUUGAGUUUUUUUCUGUUUCUAUAAUUGUAUGGCAAAUACCAUUAGCUUCUUUCCAAUGCUUGUGCUCCCCUUCUCCUUAAAGAAACAUUUCCUUCAAGUUGUUUAUGAGCAAUAUUAAAAAUAAGCCACCAGGCUUUCUUUAAGCCUAGACAGACUUUGUUCCAUUCUGCUGACUGUGAGAAUUAGGUAGAAGUCUUUGAAGUUUGAAGAACUAUCUGACUUGUUUUCUUCACCCAUCUGUUUACCUUACAAAUACCUUGUCAUGGAAAGUGGCCUCAAGGUCUGGAGAAUAAAGAGCUACACACACACACACACACACACACACACACACACACACACACACACAGAGACAAAAGAUCUAUGAUGCAGAAAAACCAGAAUGAUUUUAAUUUCCCCAAAGCUGCUGAUUGGCUAUGUCAGCUCUGGCUGUUUAUUAAGACUUUUUUCUUAUGUGAAUAAAAGUAACCCCUAACUGGUUAAAGCUAAAGUGAUUUGUUGUUCUUGAGGUGUUUUGUUAACUUCCAACUGAAUACAGUAUUUUUAACUGGUAAACUUUGCAGUUUGCCCAAUGUUAACCAUGUUACAUGUUUCUUGCAAAAUGAUGUAUAUUCUCUAAUAUGUAGAUAUAAAGU